AUGUCUCAAAGACAGCUUCAGUCACCUAAUCAGACUUUAAUUCCAAUCACAAAUGACACAGACUCAUCAAGCUCUGUCGUUCCUAAUGAUACCACAAAUAAAGGACGGACCGGAGACAACUCUCCAGGAAUAGAAGCUUUGUGUGCUAUCUACAUCACUUAUGCUGUGAUCAUUUCAGUGGGCAUCCUUGGAAAUGCUAUUCUCAUCAAAGUCUUUUUCAAGACUAAAUCCAUGCAAACAGUUCCAAAUAUUUUCAUCACCAGCCUGGCUUUUGGAGAUCUUUUACUUCUGCUAACUUGUGUGCCGGUGGAUGCAACACACUACCUUGCGGAAGGAUGGCUGUUCGGAAGAAUUGGCUGUAAGGUGCUUUCUUUCAUCCGGCUCACUUCUGUCGGUGUAUCAGUGUUCACGUUAACAAUUCUCAGCGCUGACAGAUACAAGGCAGUUGUGAAGCCCCUAGAGCGACAGCCCUCCAAUGCCAUUCUGAAGACCUGUGCCAAAGCUGGCUGCGUCUGGAUCGUGUCCAUGAUCAUUGCUCUACCAGAGGCUAUAUUUUCAAACGUGUAUACUUUUCAAGAUCCCAACAAAAAUAUGUCACUUGAAGCGUGUACCUCCUAUCCUGUUUCCGAGAAGCUCAUGCAAGAGAUACAUUCUCUGCUGUGCUUCUUGGUGUUCUACAUUAUCCCACUCUCAAUUAUCUCUGUCUAUUAUUCUCUGAUUGCUAGGACCCUUUACAAAAGCACCCUGAACAUACCUACUGAGGAACAAAGCCAUGCCCGCAAGCAGAUUGAGUCCCGGAAGAGAAUUGCCAAAACUGUUUUGGUGCUGGUGGCCCUGUUUGCUCUCUGCUGGUUGCCGAAUCACCUCUUGUAUCUCUACCACUCAUUCACUUAUCAAACCUACGUGGACCCCUCUGCCAUUCAUUUCAUUGUCACCAUUUUCUCUCGGGUUCUGGCUUUCAGCAAUUCCUGUGUAAACCCCUUCGCUCUGUACUGGCUGAGCAAAACCUUCCAGCGGCAUUUCAAAGCUCAGUUAUUCUGUUGCAAGGCAGGGCUGCCCGACCCUCCUCCUGCCGAGACCCCUCUUAACAACCUGGCAGUGAUGGGAAGGGUCCCUGGCGCUACCAGCACGCAGGUGUCUGAAAUUAGCGUGACCUUGUUCACUGGGUGUAGUGCGAAGAAGGAAGAUGACAGAGUCUAGCUUUUCAAUUAAAAAUGGUAUUUUUCCUCCCAGCAUGAGUAUCCGACUCUGAGCUGUGAGUAGGUGGAUGGUGUCAGGAUUUUUGUUGUUUGUGCAUUGUGCUGAAAUCCUAGGAGUGAGAGAUCCUUAUAAAGGAAAGGACAAACCAUGAUAUUUUUUUUUCAAUGUACAAACGUUAACGUUACCGGGCUUUCUAAAUAAAAUGAAGCCCCACUAGGUGUCAAAAGACACGUUUGUAAGUCGGCAGGUCCUACGGGACCUCGGAUGGGAGAGAAGGUGAAAUAAACGGGAUGACACUGGAAAAUCCAACGUGUUCCCGUCACAUCUACGCUUCUCAUUUCUCGUAUACUCCUGUGAUUUGCAUAACACUGUGUCUGUGUUCAGUAUGUGGUGCAAAUCUAGAGAUUCUGCUUUGCGUAUGAAAAGGGGAUCAGAUAGAAAUAAAACGUCUGCAGUUUUCUUGCAAAACAAAGUCCUUAAAAAAUAAAGCUUCGCAGGUGUUUUUGACUGCUCUUUUCCAUUAAUCUCUGUCCCAUCGUAACUAAAACUGCGAUUCCAGUGAAAAUGUUUUGGGGUCAGUGACUAUAACGUACCGAGUAAGGAUCUGGGGCAGGGUGUUUGUCUGACUGGGUCAACACUUACUGACUUAUUAGUUCCACUUACAACCAGCAUCGAUCGAUAAUGGAGCACACGUCUUUCACAAAUAUUGUGAAGAACUCGCCGUACUCACGGGCAGGAUAAGUGGCCACGCUUAUUGUCAUCGGAAGGACCCAGAGAAGGACCCCUGUCGAAAACCCCGUGGACCAGCCAGUGUCUGAAAUUUUUCCUUUAAGGAAAUUCAUUUCUCUCUGGUAAGCAGUGCCCUCUUUCUAAAAAAUGGAGAAGUACCACGCGAAAUCCUUCACAUCUGGGCGUGCAGUUGUUCCCAGAUCAUCUUCCUGCUUGACUUCUUUAAACCCGAUGGGUGCCUGAGUCCUGUAAAGAGCGUGGCCUGAUUAACCUCUGCCCUUGGAAAUCAGAUAGAAGGUUCUGAAUUUCUGUCCUCUGCUCCUACUUGCUAACGCUUUAAGCUUAAGAAUUGUUAUUUCAAACAAACUGUUGUCGAUAGAUGUGUCAGAUUUAGAUUUGUGGUUUUACAAAAUGUUUUCUUGGGGCAAAUUAAAGGGUAUGUUUGGCGCUUUAGUUAAAUCCGUAUCUCCAAAGCCUUGAUUGUGGAGUGUGCUUUUGGUAGUUUUGACCUUUCUGUAAAUGGCUCGUGUAGUUGUGAACCUUUGCUGAUGAUGUGGCUCCAAAAAGGGAACGCGUUAUCAACACUAAACUUCACAUGUGUGUAACAUUGUUU